AUGGCUACCUGGAGUAAAAAAGCAAAAGGUCUGCGAGACAUCAAAGAUGUGGAUGAACUUGAGAAAAAGUAUGACGAAGUAUGCGAGUAUUACGAUGAGGGAGCGCUUGGUCCACAUUUCUUAUACAACGCUCCUUAUGAAACAGCCAUGGCAGUCAUCCAGCUUGAGCCGAAUCGAAAUGUCAAGAUACUUGAUGUUGGAUGCGGAACAGGACUUGUUGGGGAAGAGCUAUUCAAAGAAGGAUACAAAAGUAUCCACGGAGUGGACAUGUCUACUGGUAUGCUGAAAACUUGUGAGAAGAAGAAUGUCUUCUUGAAGCUGGUUCGGGCUAAGUUUGAUCCAAAACAACCUCUAGAGUACGUUGAUGGCUAUUUUGAUGUAGUUAUGUCCUGUGGAACGUUCGUGCCCGGUGCGCAUUUGAACCAGACAUGUCUCCCAGAGAUAUUUCGCCUCCUAAAACCCGGUGGAUACAUGGUGAUUGCGACUCGACAGAAAGCUUUUGAAGAAGAGCUUGGAGGCCUUAAACUUAAAAGCACCUUACCACGUUUUGUCGAAGAGGGCGUUCUGGCGAAACUGUCGCACGGUGUGAUAAGAUACUCGACAGAAAUUAAAAUCGACAUUCCUGGCGUCAUAUUGUCAUACAUUUUACUACCAACACAGAAAGAGCAAAAUACCAAAUGACUGUUGGCAAAGGAAAGGCUUUAUUGACUAUUCCUUCUACAAUAAAUAGACAAUACAUAUAUAGUUGAUAUGAUAGUAGUGCUGAAUGAUAGUUUAUAUUGUGGUAAGCCUAAGUACUAGUAUAUACCUCCGACCACUACACAUUAAAUAAAGAUUAAAAAUUAUCACAUAUUAUCAACAGAAUAUCCUAUUAUUAUAUGUGCACAUAUAAACAUAAAUUUUCAGUGAAUCUGUUUAACGAAAUAAAAAACAACGAAGAAUCAAAGCUAUUCUCAGUUCUCGUCAACUACCUCAGUUCUCGGAAGCUACCUCAGUUCUCGUAAACAAUUUGUUUCUUAUACAGGUAUAAAUUCUAGUUUGAAAUCAAUAUCUUGCGGAGUACCCCCAAGGAUCACUCCUUGGUCCCAUACUUUUUAUUCUUUACGUUAAUGAUUUUAAAAAUUCUUCCAAUAUUUUGUCAUUUCUUUUGUUUGCUGAUGAUUCUAAUCCUUUUCUGUCUGACAGUGACCCACAUACGCUACUUAAUACUUUGAAUACAGAACUUCUAUCAGUUAAGUCUUGGAUUAGAGCUAACAAGUUGUCACGUAAUGUUGAGAAAGCUAAUUUUAUGAUUUUCAGUAAUUCUCUCAAAAGUUUACCUGGUCAAGUAGUCAUGGAUAAUGUAAAUUUUAUUUUUAGGUUGAAUCCACCAAAUUUCUUGGGCUCUAUAUUGAUCAUGAUUUGUCUUGGAAGUGUCACAUUAAUUACUUGAGUAAAUUGACUUUAUAGAAAUAUUGGUAUUUUAAGCAAGCUAAAAUUCUUUUACCCUGAUUAUAUACUAUUAUACUUAUAAAUGACUCUCAUUAUUAAAUUAUGGUACAUUGGCUUGGGGUAAUACAGACAAGACUGUGUUAGAAAUGUUAUUUAAAUUACAAAAGAGGGCAAUUAGGGUGAUUAACCAAUCUGACUUUUAUGCACACAUCUGACUUUUAUGCACACACAAAUCCAUUAUUUAUGAAAAAUAAAAUCCUGAAAAUUCAUGAUCUUUACGAAUUUCAUUUGCGUACAUUCAUGUUUCAACUCUCAAAAAAUGAUCUACCGGAAAUUUUUUCUUCCUUGUUUCAAAGAAACAACCUCAUCCAUUCUUACCCUACAUGCCCUACCCGUCAUUUCACCUUCCACGUACUCGUACGUUAUAUUCGAAAGACCAAGGCUUUAGAAUAAUCUUCCAAACGAAAUAACUAGCUGUUUAUCCCGAAGUAUGUUUAAAUGUAAACUGAAAUCUUUUCUUUUGUCCAGUUAUGGACAACGUUAACACGCACUGGCUGAAUAUAUAUAAUGUAUUUGAUUUGUACCUAUUGUAGAAGGUAUAUAUAAUGCGGUAUAGUUUUUUAUUUUUUUCAUUCUUCGCUAAUCCCCCUCCUAUAUUUUACAUUGUCCACUUUUCCUCUAAUUCUUUACCCCGUGAUUUUGCGCUAAUCUUUGGCUUUUCCUUUGUAGUCUAAUUUCUCUUUAGUGUCCGAUCUCCUUGCGAACUUCAUAAUUACUUUAAGGAACCUGCAGAUAUUGCAAGCUUUGCUUUUCAUGCAGGUUCCUUCAUAUUUCACUUUAUUUACUGCCAUUAUCUUUGUAUUUUCUAUGGAAUCAAAUGUAUUUCUUGCAUUAUGUUAUUAUUUUGUUAUCUUGUGAAGUAUGAAAAUAAAUUCAAUUCUACAGGGUCAGAAAGAUGACCCAUCAA